GUUUGGUGGGUUUGCUUUGAGCCUUUGGCCCUCUGAUGGGUUUCAUUUUCUGUCACAAAAAUCUAUCUUCUCCUCUGAUACCAUCUUGGGCAUUUGGGUCUAUUUGCUCUGUUGGGUGUUUGCUAAGAAAGAAAAUGGAAGAGAAAGCGGGUUUGACAGUGAUGAUGACCACAGAGCUUUUGGAUGUUCAACCCCGCGAACUCAAAUUCACAUUUGAGUUGAAGAAGCAAAGUUUAUGCUCGAUUCAACUUAUCAAUAAGUCUGAUCACUAUGUUGCUUUCAAGGUAAAAACCACUUCUCCAAAGAAAUACUGCGUGCGGCCUAACGCUGGCAUCAUAAAACCCAAGGCAACAUGUGAUUUCACAGUUACUAUGCAAGCUCAGCGUGUUGCGCCACCUGAUUUGCAGUGCAAAGACAAGUUCCUUAUCCUGAGCACAGUUAUUCCAUUCGGGACAACUGAAGAGGAAAUUACAUCUGACAUGUUCUCAAAAGAUAGUGGCAAAUACAUUGAAGAGAAGAAACUAAGAGUGGUGCUCAUCAGCCCACCCUCUUCCCCAGUAUUUGUACCAAUUAAUGGAGAGUCGAAGCAAGAUCCAUGUUAUGAAAAUUCAGUGAAAAAGGAUAGAGUUCUGAGUGGAGUUGAAAACAUACCCCCGCCUCAUGGGGUUGCUGAGGAUGUUGAGGGGUUUGAAACUUAUAAGGACAUGGAUGAGUCAAGAGCAGUUAAGGAUGUCGAGGAAUUGAAACCAGCUAAGGAUGUGGUGGAAUUGAAACCAGCUAACAUUGGGGAGGAAUUGAAACUAGCUAAGGUUGUGGAGGAAUUGAAACCAGCUAAGGAUGCUGUUGCGUUGAAUUUAAUAAAGGAUUUUGAGGAAUUGAAAUUGAAGCUAAACACAGUGGAUUCAAAGCUAAAAGAGGCUGAACUUACCAUCAUGAAGCUAACAGAAGAGAGAAGCAUGACCACUCGCGAGAAGAAUAUGCUUAAACAUGAAUUGGAGUUGCUGAGGAGGAAGAACAAUGUCAAAAGGAUUAUGGUUGGCUUCCCUCUCUUUUAUGUUUGUAUGGUUGCUCUCAUCAGUCUAGCAAUCGGAUACUUUAUCCAUCCGUAGAGAAAAAAAUUAUGGCUCAGAUAUUAGACAGUAAAACAAAGCUGUUUCUCCUUCAUGGCUAAUUUAGAAGGAUCUAUCUGCUUGCAUGUUUCUGACACCAGAGAUGUUUUUCAGUCUGAUGUGUAAAAUAUGGACCCGUCUGAAUUCUGCAUGUAAGAGCUGAUCUCUCAAAUAAAAUUUUAUAGAGGAAUGUCAUUUUCUUGAUGCCAAA